UGGGAGCGGUCGAAUCUAGAAUCCAAUUGGUAUAAGAUAAGGAGCACUGCUUACAAGAAGUGCAACUGCGAGCCAAGAAAUAUUUCUCCAUUCCACAAAUUAUUAUAGGUCAUUACAAAUGAUUGCAUGUGCAUCUUUCAGAGUUCCAUGUGGAUAUUUUGAUUCCAAAAGUUUACUUGGAGUAGAGCUCAGACGUGAUGGAGAUGUUAACACUUUGUGAUGCCAUUUCUGUGAAGAUUCUAUCAGACAGAACGGUUCUAGCAAGUGUCGGCAAUGAAUUACGAGCGUUUGAGGAAGGCUGUGAUACCGGGAUAACUCUGGAAUGGAAGUUGAGGAACAAAAUACACGGAAUAGACUUCGAUGGGAAGCAGAUUUUAGUAUAUGGAGAGCGCGAGUUUAUGGUGCUGGAUUAUGAUGGGGAAUUCCAACUUUCAUGCCGAGGCAAAAUUUCAGACUGGAUUAGUUGUGGAAAACUGCUAAGUGAAUCUGUGAAUCGGAUCUGUUUGGUUACUGGGCACAGCAACGCGGUUGCUUUGAGAAUAUCCGAAAAUAAAAAUUCAGUUUCAGUAGAGAAUCGAUCUUCCUGCGUAGAUAAGUCUACCAUUUACUGCUCAACAAUUGUAGGUAGUUCUUCCGAGGAUUGUACGGUGUUUGGAGGAACUGCAUUCGGUGAGCUAAUAAUUUGGAAGCCUCAGUUAAAAAUACAGAACUGUAAGGCAUUGAAUCACGUACCAAUUCUUCAUCGAAUUGCUUGUCAUAACGGUGUCAUAUUUUCCAUUGAUGUCAGCCUUCGAAACCGAUUGAUAACAACCACCUCAGAUGAUCGAUCCGUGAGGUUUUAUUCUUUUUCACAAAAUAACAAGGAUUGCAUAUCAAGUGGAUGGUCGAGUACCAAUAUUUCUCCACUUCGUAGUGUAUACGGACACAAUGCUCGAGUUUUUAAAGCAAAAAUCAUCGAGAAAGAUGGCAUUCCUUUCAUUUUAUCUGCCGGUGAGGAUUCGUAUAUUUGCAUUUGGAACACUAGUGGCGAUUUAAUUUUCAAACGACGUCAUCAUUUCGGUGCAACGAUUUGGAAUUUUGAUUACAAUCCUCGAACGGAAAUCUUAUUUACAACUAGUAGCGAUGGAAAUGUUACUUCACAUUCGAUAGCUGACUAUUUUUCACCAAUUCAAACAAAAGAAUUAAAGAUUAGUUCGUUGGGGGGAGAAUAUUUAUCCAAAAUUCGGUUUAUUAGACAUGACUUGAUCGUAGGAAUUACGAACAAAAAUAAGUUGGUAUAUCGGAAAAGUGAUGAUUGGGAAAUUGUAAGUAAUUUCCCAGGGUAUAAGUGCACCUUGUUGGAGGUUUCGAAAGACCUCAUGGCAACAGCUGGAUAUAAAAUUGUAACCGUUUUCCAAGUCGAUGUGAACAAUAAUUUUAUCAAGAAAUUCGAGGGAGAACUUGCUUCGAACAUAAUUCGUUCGUUUUGUUUCCUAUCUCAGAAUGAAAUGUUGAUUUGCGACGAGAAAGGAGCUUGCAAGUAUAGCAACGAUAAUUUCUCAAGCUGUUUAGAUAUUGAUAUACCAAUUAACAAAGAACCAUGGAUAACAGCUGCAUUAAAGCAUGGUACAAUUUUGGUUUUAAGUAAUCGUCAGGGAAAUCUGUUUGUGUAUAAAAGGGAAGGUGAUAAAUUUCAUUUUAAAUCAACAAUAAAACAUCUUCAUGGUCACUUGGGUGUUACAUACAUGUGCCUUAAAAAUGAUCUAAUGGACGAUUGUUUUAUUAGAACUGCUGGACAUGAUAGUACAAUCAAAACCUUAAAAAUCAAUAAAACAUCAGGAGUCGUUUCAGUUGUUUUUACAGAAACUGUUCCAAUAGCUUGGGUGGAAAAGUUUCACGAAAUUGGUAUAUCAAAACGUAACUAUAUAAUUGGUUUCAAUGAUAAUCACUUUGUUAUUUGGGAAUCCAAGGCGGAUGUUGUGUUCCAAGUUUCAUGUGGAGGUGGUCAUCGAUGCUGGGAUCUUAUAAUCGAUGAGGAACGCAAUUUUAUCCAAUUAAUAUUUAUAAAGAAUCGACUUUUAUACACGACAGUUUCGAAAUUGUGUUCGAAUAUUUCAAAUAGAUUCAAAAUGCCGUACUAUUCGUGGCACAACAAAUCAUGUAAUAUUAUCAAUUCGCUGCCCAUAAGUGAUCGAAGUUUUCUGUUAGUUUCAGGGGGUGAGGAUAACUUACUAAAGUUUUCUAAAUUCACAGUGGAUCAGCCUAAAGAUAUUUGUCUACUUCAAAAUAUUUCUCUGCACGUUUCAAGCAUAAAAGGGAUUGAAAUAAUUAGGGAAAAAAAUAAAUUAAUUAUAUUCUCCUGUGGUGGCCGCGCGCAGAUUUGCGUCACCGAAUACAAUAUUGAUACAGAAAGUGUAGAAGAACGUGCUCAGUUCAUGCUGAAAUCGACUGAUUUUGAACGAAAAUUCCAAAGAAAUACCCAGGAAGUAGACUUUGAUCCCGAAACAAGAUUCAUGAGCAUUGCCGCUGUUAACAUUUCAGGAAGCUAUGAUCUAUACUUGGGAUGCUCUGAUGGGUUUCUGAGAAAGUUUUCAUAUAAAGAUGGUGAAUUUAGGUUAUGUGAUGCGGUGUUUUAUAACCGUUGCAUUCUUCAUGUUCGUACCAUAGUUUUAGGUUCACAAAAGUAUUUAAUAUCAGCUGCCACAGAUGGUUGUAUCUGCUUGUGGGAAGUGAAUACGUUUAAUGAAAAAGAAGAACCUGUUUUUAAGAUUAGGCACCAUGAAAGUGGGGCGAAUUCUUUAGAUAUAAGCGUCAAAGAUAAUAACAAAGUUUUAUUUGUUACUGGUGGAGAUGAUCAGGACGUUGUAGUCUCAGACGUUGAGGUAAAUAGUGGACAUUUUCAAGUUAAUUUUACCAAACAUUUUAGUAUACACACAGCACAGGUAAAUGGGGUGAAAAUUUCAGAAUGUACAAAAUAUCUUUAUACGACUAGUGUAGAUCAAACUAUUUGCAAGACUAAUUUAUUUACGAUGGAAUUGGAAAAAAAAAUCACAAAUUGUAUUGCUGAUGUGAAAGGGCUAAAUUUAUUGAAUGUCGAUAGUUGUGAUUAUUGUUUGGUCUAUGGUUGGGGAGUGCAAAUUUGUAAGUUGUGAUUAUAUUUUGAAAAUAAAUCAAUG